AUGUCUGAUUCAAAAAAACGUAAAGCGCUUGAUCAAUUGUCACCCUAUUCUCAACAAGAAGAAGAAACAGUUAAUCAGACUAACGAAGUUACAUCUCAGCCGGUUGAACGGCCAAGAAGACGGGCCAGGGCCAAUAUUACUAAAUUAAAAGGUACUAUUGGUGAAACUAGCACACUUAAAGGAAUACUUCCCUCUUUUUCAAUAUUAUCUCAGCCAGAAAAUGAAGAUAAGAUUAGUGGAUUGAAUAGAUGCUUUUUAAAUGCAGUUACAAGAGUUGUAAAAAAGCAAUCUAACAAAGACUUAAGAGACUUGUUCAAGCAAUACGAACUGUUUAUUAACAAGAUUAUUGAGAAUAAUUACCAAUAA